AUGAUGGGAGGAGUGACCAUAGCACAUCAACAACAACAAGAGCAGCAACAACAACAACCACCACAACAACAACAACAACAACAGGAUCAGCAACCACUGAACGCCACGACCCGGGACCAUUUUGGUAUGGUAGCACUGGAUCAACAAGAGGACAGCACGAUUCCUACAGUGACAGAAGAACAACUAAAUCAACUGUUUGCCCAUACGAACGAUUGGACCCACCCCAAACUUCCUAUGGUAGAGGAUUUGACAGGCGAAGUGCAAGACAUGAUGAUGAGGGAAUCAUUGAAUUCUUGGUUACAAGCUUGGGGAACGGAUCAAACGCAUUGUUUGACCGAUAUGGAUACAGCAGCGCAAAUGCUGGCUCAAUCCAUUCAACUCACGACGGAUCUUUUUGGUGCAGACCAUGGCGGUGGUGUGGUGGAACAAAAUCCAUUGACGAUGAAUGAUUUCACGCAAGCCGCGGCUUUCUAUGAUGAAAUGACGUUUGUGUCGAGUAGCCCUCUGGACUCGAGCACGUCUACGUCUGCUACUUCUUCACCUGCUACGUCUGCGCAGGUCAGUCCUAUUGUUCAACGUGCGACCGUGGAUCCGAUCCACAAGGAUUUCAUGGAUGCAGCGGCUGCUGCUGCUACUGCUACUGCUACUGCUGCUGCGGUGGAUGGCGUUGAUGCCACGUCGGCUGCUUCUACAGCCGUGGCUAUGGAAAAAGUCAACCCAUCUUUCCACAAGACCAAUGAAGAAGAGGAAAUUGAUAUUGAAGAAGUGAAUGUGGAGGUGGAAAAGGAGAGGAGGAUGACGGAAGAGGAAGAGGAGGAGGCAGUGCCAGUACGGUGGGGAUCGUCCUCUGUAUCUACUGAGACAGAGACGGCAGAAGAAAAGGAAAAGAAAGCAAGCGUGCUCGAAGCAAGUGAAGCGGAUGCCUUUGAACGUGGUUUAAAACGUAAAAGAUGUUUGAAUAGCAGUGUCUCGGAGGAGGAGGAGGAGGAGGAGGAUGCCUCCAGCAGCAGUAGUGACGAGGAGAGCUCUUCUUCGUCUUCUGCUUCUUCGGAUGAAGAAGAGGAGGAGGAUGAUGUCUCGGAUGAUUCUGAAGACGAACGCACGGUGAUUCCUACGACGGUGGCGAAUAUGAGUAGUCGUGGUCGCUAUGCCUCCUCUUCGGAUUCUGAUUCUGAAUCGGAUGCGGAAGGCAGGCAUGGGAUGCCUGCCAGACGUCAUGCUGCUGGUGCUGGUGCUGGUGCUGGUGCUGGUGCUGGUCGUGGUCGUGGUCGUCGUUCUCGCGUCCGUUCGUCUCCCUCUUCGGCGGUGCCAAGCCCCUAUAUUUAUAUGCACAAACGUCAAAUGGAAGAAACACUCUUGGACCGUAUUACGAAUCAAUUGGAUCCCGAAAGGCUACCUAGCAUUCUACCGAUUCUGUCACCGGAAAAGGCCAAAGGUGCUUCGCAGGAAGAAGAAGUCGAGAUUGAUCUGUCGAGCGUGGCACGAGAACAGUUGGUGCAAGUGUUGUUUUAUGUGGAUGCUUGUAUUUUGGAACAGAAUGGAGGCCCCACUGUCCAUGUUGAGGAUUAUAUUCGAAAGCAGCAGCAGCAGCAGAAGGCAUCCGUCGAGGAAGAAGAAGAAGAAGAAGAAGCGGGUGGUCAUGCCAAGAAAAGACGUGGCAUGGCGGCCCAUGGACAGAGACAGAGAAAAAGACGUAGUACAGCGGGAAUGCCGAAAACAAGGACGCGUGAAGAAUUAACAGAAGAUAUUGAUGCGGGUGCAUCCUCUGACGACGACGCCUCUUUUGCUGUGGAUGCAUUUGAUUUCCCUGCUUACAGCCACCGAAAGAAAAAAGUAGAAGGGCCGAUCUCGAUGGCUUCCUUGACGAAAAGAGAAAAUACAGUCUCCUCGAUGGCUUCUACGAAGCGUCAUGGUAGCAGAAAGAAAGGCACAAGUCCUAGUGGCAGCAAAAGAAAUAGACGCAAGAAGCAUCGUCAGGCAGACGAUGAGGCGGUGACAUCCUCUGUCACCGUCUCUCAAGACCCUAAUAGUAUAGCCAUUGCUCGACCCAAACGACGGGCGGCUGUUCACAAACGAAGAUUACUAGAAGAAAUGCUUGCUCCUUCGGACGAGGAAGAAGAAGAAGAAGAAGAGGAGGAGGAGGAUGAAGAGGAAGAGGAGAGGUCAACGACAGGUGGCGGUUCAAGCAAUCUGAUUGUCUUUGGUAAUGAAAAGAUGGAUUACCGAGUGGUAGACAACAAGACCAUUAUCCACAACCCUGCACCGGUGAUAUCCGAUGCCAUGACAAACCAAGUGAUAGCUAUUGCUUCCGUGACCGAACAACCACAGCAGCCGCAGCAAGUUGCCGUGGAUGAUACCGAUGAGGAAAUUGAUAUCUUGUUUUAG